UGCAUUAUGUGGAACUCAUGUUCCCUCCAUAUUAGAAACUACGAAAAGGGGAAAGAAAUAGGAGGAUAGGAAGGACGUAAAUAGGGUCUCAACACAUCGAAAAAGACGGAGAACGAAUUUCAAGUCGGAGUGAGAGAAUAAAGCAAAGUACUAAAAGUUAGAAGGGGAGCAAUAGAGAGCAGGAAAACAAGUGCCUCUUCUGAUUAACGGUGUAACAAAUUAUUGGAUAUUUCCCUAUAUUGUCUGCGACGAACGUUUCACGAUGCCUAACAUCAAACUACAAAGCUCCGACGGUGAAGUUUUCGAAGUAGAUGUCGAUAUUGCAAAAUGUUCAGUUACUAUAAAAACUAUGUUGGAAGAUCUUGGGAUGGAUGAAGAUGAGGAAGAAGUUGUUCCUCUCCCAAAUGUUAAUUCUGCUAUUCUCAGGAAAGUAAUACAAUGGGCUACUUAUCACAAGGAUGAUCCACCUCCACCUGAGGAUGAUGAAAACAAAGAGAAGCGUACCGAUGAUAUAAGUUCUUGGGAUGCAGAUUUUUUGAAAGUCGAUCAAGGAACUUUGUUUGAAUUAAUUUUGGCAGCUAAUUACCUUGAUAUUAAAGGAUUGUUAGAUGUAACAUGCAAAACUGUUGCUAACAUGAUAAAAGGCAAAACACCAGAAGAAAUACGAAAGACAUUCAACAUUAAAAAUGAUUUCUCUGCAUCAGAGGAAGAACAAGUUCGUAAAGAAAAUGAAUGGUGUGAAGAAAAGUAA